UCUUUAAUGGGUACCCGUAGUAACACCGGAAGUCGUGUAUCCAUGCUGCAGCAGAGAGCGUGUAACUGUCACUUUCCCCUGACUUUUCGGUUAUAUUUAUUUAUAUCUAAUUAAAUUUGUAUUAUCAUAUAGACAUAUUAUGGCUGGGAGUCGACUUGAGAAAUUCGGGACCGUAUUUACUCGGGUUCGUGAUUUAAUGCGAGCUGGAGUCAUCAAGCAUGAGGAAAGGCCCAUCUGGUUUGAUGUGUAUGCUGCUUUUCCUCCCAAGAGAGAACCUCUCUAUGAGAAACCUGUGAGACCACUGAAGAUACAUGCAGCAGAUACUGUACCUGAAAUCUUAUACAAAGAGGAUGCAAUACGAGCGAAGUUCUUUGAGGUUUAUGGUAAUGGACCAAGAUCUUUUGAGCUCCUCAAGCCCAACUUUGUAUCACCAUGUCAGAGGUUUGUUAUGAAGUACGGUGAAUUAGAAAGCAGAGGGGAUGUCAAACCUGAGCUGCUGUUUGAAGAGACUGCAAAAGCGCUGCUCGCAGAGGGCAUUUAUUUAAGAAAGAGAGGAGGACCUGUGCAGGUGGCACCACAGUCUCAGGACCCUUUGCUGAACAUGAAGUUGACUGACAUGUUGGCAGAGCAGCAAAGAGACACAGACACCGAGACAAAUAUUCCAGAGAAACAGCCAGAGCCAGAGACGCUGAACCCUGAUAGACAGACAUCAUCAUAAAUGUCCCACUUCUCCUCUGUUAGGACAACAUAAACUGCACCUGCCUCUAGCACAUCAAUGUGCUGGUCAGUCAUGUGUGUUUGAUGCAUCAAACACUGGGACACAGAUAUAGUUUGUACAGUAUGUAAACCCACAUGUGUCUUUACCCCUCCUGGUGUCAAGUGAGUGAUGUAGAAGACACGUUUGCACAGUCAAAAUGGCUUUGACUUGAGGUCUUUAUAGCCAAGCAGCUGGGGUUUCGUGAAUGACUAUAAUACAGAUCUAGCAAGUGUUUCAUUUCUGUGAAAAGUGUCUAAUGUCUUGUGUAAUAAAAUAUGUGGAGUGUUUAAUGGAAGUACUUUCAAGUCCAUUAACAACAGGAGUGGAAAAGCAUCUGCAUUGUAAAUACUCAAUAAAGUGUUAUAUUUCCAAUUUUCUGAGUCACACCAUAAACUUAUGAUUCAUAUUGAUAUUAAAUGUUUUUUUUUUACACUACAUCCUUCUUGCCUGUGCAGUCUUGCAUUUAAAUACAUCCUCAACAGGAUCUUAAAGAAACUUACUUGGGGAAGUUUUUAUGUAUUUUCAUUGUUUUUGUGAUGUUUUAGCUUUUAACUUUAUUAUAACAUUUAUGGAUAGCUGAUCUGCACAGACAACGAUUAAUUUCAUUCAGAAUUACCAUUGUCCUUAACUUUUCUCCCACUCCUGCAGAGGUAAAGUUAGAAUAAAAUAUUUUGAUAUCAUCUGAAUUAUUUACAAUUGCUCACCCUCUUCACUAAAUUAACCCUGCUAAAUGAAGAUACCGCGCAAGCUUUCAUUGCUUGCUUGUGAUAUAAUUAAACAGAAAAUAAAUAUCACAAUAAAUAUGACUGCGGUUUUAAAAUGAUCAAAUCAGUUCUGUCAUGAUGACCAAAACUGGAACAUAGAAAUGUUAAACAAUGACCCAGAAAUUAUUGACCAUGUUAGCAUUCU